UUCUUCGGCUUCUGUGCAAGUGCUUGAUCUACAUCAGGUUUUUUCUCUAAGGUCUGUGUGCUCGUCACUUAUUAUUCUCGUAGUCGGGCGUAUCUUUUUAAACUUUCUCCUCUGUUUCCACUCCAACAUGUGCCAAAUUCCAUCAAUGGCUACUCCACUACAAUCGUCAAACAAAAAACCUUUGAACCCGCAAGCACCGCCCUUCCAACCGCCAAAAAUACCUGAAGCUCAACCCAACUUGCUUCCAUAUAUGUUCUGUUUUCCUAAUGAGGCCUUUCAACAGUCCCUGCAGAAUCCGGUAGAACCAGUGAUGACGCGUCGGUUUUUACACCUUCCUGUGGUUACUUAUCAUCCUCCCCCGAUAUGGUCAUUUUAUCAUCAUAAAGAUGACAGAUACAAGACAUGCUCGUUUCUGCAGGGAAGUUUUACAUCAUGCCUCGUGACUGGAGACGAAAACGGUAGGUGUGGAACGGGGGUUCACGAGGAGAAGCUGAAUUUUCCUUCAAAUAAGUAUGGUUUUCUUGAUUGUAAUGAGAAUAUCAACAAUGUUAAAUGUAAAUCGCGGGUUUUUUCGCGGAGGUCGAGGGGAUCAAAAAAGGGUCCUUCCAAGAAAUGGGCACCUAAGCAUGGUGUAAAGAUUGGUGAUGGUGCAGUUAUUAGUGUUCGAUCUACUGCCAUGGACCACGAACUGAGGCUUGGUGGGAAAACGUCCUUGAUGAUCAAAAACAUUCCUAACCAGUUUGAGAGGCAUGACUUGCUACGAAUAUUGGACAUGCACUGUCGGGAGGAAAACUCUCGGGCUAAGUUGCAUUCGGACCCCUGUAAAUCGGAGUACGAUUUUGUUUAUCUGCCUAUGGAUUUCGGGUUCCGGGCAAACCUGGGGUAUGCGUUUGUAAAUUUUACUACUGCAGCAGCCGCAGUACGGUUCUCUAAAGCUUUUCACAAUCGUGAAUGGGUGGGUCAGGUUCCUGGUGUUGGCACUAGAAAGAAAAUUUGCGAAAUCACCUGUGCACUGAUCCAGGGCAAAGAAGCAUUGAUGAAUCACUUCGAGCGGUCCAAGUUCCCUUGUCACACCAAUGGUUACUUGCCUGUUGUCCUGGCACCUCCACGUGACGGUUCAAAUAAUAGCAAGCCAACGCUUGUGGGCAGGCGAACAUGUGUUGCUGCUUCGCCGCCGGUCAAUCGGAGAAAAUUGAAGUUGAUGAUGGCGAAAAAGAGCGUUUAGCUUAACUCUACUAUUUCUUGGCUUUUGCUUUUAGGUAGUUCGUGAUGUUUUGGAUUUUCGAGCAGGUUAUGUUGGCCAGUGAUGGUGAUGUGGAAAAAUGGGUUUGGUUUGUUGAGUAUUAUUGUCUUGUCUAGUCUAUAGUCUAGUGCAGGAUUCAGUCCCUUGUUUCUAUUAUCUCCCCGGAAUUUAAUUGAUUCUGAUGACCAAAAAGUCUGGGGUGAAGUAGAAACAUGGCUUUGUUAAUGUGUGACCUGGUCUAGUGUUUGUCAGCUGUACAUGUAAUGUAAGUAUUGAAGUUUAAGCUGCAGUAAUAGUAUAAACAUGGCUUGGUUCUGGUCACAUUUACGAAU